CCUGCUCACCCUCCCAGCAAACCACACCCGCUCGCUCACACCAAAAUCACCCACCAGCAUCGUAGAGAUCGAUGGGCUCCACCGCCGCCGACAUGGCCGCGUCCGCCGACGAGGAGGCGUGCAUGUUCGCCCUCCAGCUCGCCUCCUCGUCGAUCCUCCCGAUGACGGUGAAGAACGCCAUCGAGCUUGGCCUCCUGGAGAUCCUGGUGGCCGCCGGCGGCAAGUCGCUGACCCCGACCGAGGUCGCCGCCAAGCUCCCGUCCGCGGCGAACCCGGAAGCGCCGGACAUGGUAGACCGCAUGCUCCGGCUGCUGGCGUCGUACAACGUCGUGACGUGCCUGGUGGAGGAGGGCAAGGACGGCCGCCUCUCCCGGAGCUACGGCGCCGCGCCCGUGUGCAAGUUCCUCACCCCCAACGAGGACGGCGGCUCCAUGGCGGCGCUCGCGCUCAUAAACCAGGACAAGGUCCUCAUGGAUAGCUGGUACUACAUCAAGGACGCGGUGCUUGACGGCGGCAUCCCGUUCAAUAAGGUGUACGGCAUGUCGGCGUUCGAGUACAACGGCACGGACCCGCGCUUCAACCGCGUCUGCAACGAAGGGAUGAAGAACCACUCCAUCAUCAUCACCAAGAAGCUCCUCGAGCUCUACCACGGCUUCCAGGGCCUCGGCACCCUCGUCGACGUCGGCGGCGGCGUCGGCGCCACUGUGGCCGCCAUCACCGCCCACUACCCCGCCAUCAAGGGGGUCAACUUCGACCUCCCCCACGUAAUCUCCGAGGCGCCACCGUUCCCGGGCGUCACCCACGUCGACGGCGACAUGUUCAAGGAGGUUCCCUCGGGCGACGCCAUCCUCAUGAAGUGGAUCCUCCACGACUGGAGUGACCAGCACUGUGCCACGCUGCUCAAGAACUGCUACGACGCGCUGCCGGCGCACGGCAAGGUCGUGCUCGUCGAGUGCAUCCUGCCGGUCAACCCGGAGGCCAAGCCCAGCUCCCAGGAGGUGGUCCAGCUCGACAUGAUCAUGCUCGCGAUCAGCCCAGGAGGCAGGGAGAGGUACGAGAGGGAGUUCGAGGCCCUCGCCAGGGGAGCUGGAUUCGCCGGCGUCAAGUCCACAUACAUCUAUGCCAACGCGUGGGCCAUCGAGUUCACCAAGUAGAUGAGAUCCGUCCCUCCAUCGAGGCAACGUCCCACCGAUAUGAGAAUGAUCGUCGUCAAUCUUGCUGGCUGCUGCCGCUGCUCCUGCAUCGAUCUGCAUACGUAUCCUUUGCUUGUUUUUUCCUCUGUUUUCCCUAAUUUUCUCAUGCUCUGAAUCCAUUCCGAAUUCUAUCAGUGUCAACAAUUUCAAAGCAUCAAUUUCAUAAUAGAGUUUGAUGUUAAUA